UGAAACCCUGUUUCCAAAAAAGAAAAAAAACAAAAACUGAAUGUGGGGGAGGGUCUGCUAGGCCUCCUCUGAAGGCUGGAAAAGGAGGAAGUGUGUGUCACAUUGCAUCUGGAUAGAGUGCUCUGCUGUGAGCCAAGAGCUUUUCUAGGCUCUGGGUUUAACCGUGGCGGUUAUCCAGAUCGUACGCACUUGUAUGGUUGCAAAUACCUCGGUGAAGAUCUUGGAAUAUCCCCUUCUGUUCUGUAAGUUCCUGUUGGGAAUGAUGCCCUCCACCCCCGAGAUACACAGGCCUUUCUCCUGGGGUCCCCAGAGUUGCCUGCCACCCAGCAACUAAAGAAUUGCAUUGCAUGGCCAUCCCAGCCAGGCAUAGUGGCUCAGGCCUAUAAUCUCAGAGCUUGAAGUACAAAGAUUGCCAUGAGUUUGGGGCCAGCCUGGUCUACAGAGCUAGUUCUGGGACAGCCGGGGCUUCACAGAGAGCACAAAGAAACCCUUUCUUGAAAAACAAAACAAAGAAUGGCUUUUGGCAUAGCUGGGGACCUCUGAGGUCCAUUCUGAUCAGGCAAGAUCUCUGAGCCAGAUAUAAUAGAAUUAAAUUAUUAGCCCUUGCCCUAGAUGGAGCAGCCUUGAGUCUUCUCUUCCUCCGUGCCAGAGGCCAGAGCAUGGCUCACUGGUGCCUGGCAACAUGAGGAUUGUCCAGCCGGAGGACAUGGUGUCUGCAGCCCCUACUGAAAGGGACAGGUUGGCUUGGCCACUAACAGAUGGAGCAGGCAAGAACUCACUUGGGGUCCUCAGUACCCCAGAGCCACUUCUUCGACUGCAGAGGACACAGAGGGUGUGGCAGGUCCCAGAGCUGGAUGCUCAGCAUGCCAAGGCCUUUUUGGAGCUGUGGCCACUGGGGAGCUUCCUGGUCAUAGGACAAGAUCCUAGCCAGGUCCUGAUGCUGAAGACAGGGCCUUCAUCAGGAGACGUCAACACCUAUCCAAUCCACAAGUUUGCUGGAGGUGUGUCCCUGGAAUCCUCCAACCUCUGCUUGCCAGACUUUCCCCAUCUCCUGGCAUUCCUGUCAGCCAGCAGGGACGUUUUGCCAAGGACACUGCUCUUGCCCACUCCACCUGUAGGGCCUGGAGACAAGGACACAGAUCCUGUGCGACUUGGCUGCAUCCAGGUCAACACCUCAGGGAGGGUGCUGUCUGUAGUGAACCAGCUCUACCUGGAGACGCAUGGAGGCUGGGGGACAGAGCAAGCUCCACAGCAAACAGAGCCAGAGACCGACCAGAAAUACAGUCCAGACCCUAGGAAGCCCACCCCACAUCGGGUCUCCUGGGUGGAAGACCCACUGAAGUUGGAAGUGCACCACACUGGACAGGAAGUGCAUCAUCUUGGACCAGACACUCACCACCUUGAAGUGGCAGAGUACCGUCCUGGAGCGGAAGUGCCCUUUCCUAGGCCUGCUCUAGUUAGUGUGGUGGAAGAGCAGGAGGAAGUGGGCAGUGACAAGCACAAAGAUGGAGAGGAAGGCCGCGAGGACCUGCUCACUGACCACAUCCGUGCUCUGGCCAGGGCCCGGAGCAGCUAUGUAGCCAGGCAGUACCGGUGCCUUCGGGCACGGCUCACCUCAAAUUCUGGAAAUCCCUACAGGCCCGGGGACCCGGCCACGGAGCUGCUUCAGGAUAUACGCCAGCUCCUCACUGAUCUCCAGAAUUACCUGGCAAAGGACCCCGACGUCAGAGCUGUCUUUGGGAGCAGGGAACCUAGGGUCCCUGGCGACGAAGAUCUUGGCUCUGCUGUGGAAGUGGCCCUCUGUCGGGCAGUUCUGGAGCCCCUGAAGCCGGCCCUGUGGACCAAACUCCGAACUCUCAGAGCCCAGGAACUGCGGCUACUGCGCCGGCGCCAAAUAGUCUUGAGGGCGGGGGCAGGGCCCGAGGGACAGCACCCUGCCCCAGCCUUGCGGAGCCGGAUCCACGCGCGCCUCGCGCACCUGCACGCCGCCUGCGUCCCGCGCCGCAAGGUGGCGCUGCUGCUGGCGGUAUGCAGCGACGUCUACGCGGGCCUGGCCGGCGGCGAGAAUCAAGAGCCCCUAGGGGCCGACGCCUUUUUGCCCGCCCUGACCGAGGAGCUGAUCUGGAGUCCACACAUAGGGGAGACGCAGCUGGACGUGGAGUUUCUUAUGGAGCUCUUGGAUCCAGAGGAGCUGCGGGGAGAAGCUGGCUAUUAUCUUACCACGUGGUUUGGGGCCCUUUACCACAUUGCUCACUACCAGCCCGACUCUGGCCGUGCACCCCAGGGGCUCAGCUCGGAGGCCCGGGAUUCCCUGCGCCAGUGGCACCGAAGGCGGACGCUGCACCAGCAAGCCCUGCCCACAGCCCAGGCCAACCUGCCCUUUGAGGAGCCAUGGGCAGUAGAGGACCAGUGAUGAUUGGAGUCCUCAAACCCCGGUCACUUCCGGGCUUUUGGCUCACUCCUCUGCUAAGCAAGAUGCUGGAGGCAUCUGGGACAGCCGGAGGGUGGGGCUGUUCCUACUUCAUACCAACCCUUCCCUAAUAGCCAUAGCACCCCCCCUUCCUUCCUCCCCUCCUCUGGUCUGCCUCAAGGAGGCUCUCUCCAGCAAACACAACCCCCAAAAACAGUGCUAAAACUACAACCCUCUCACCUGAACCCCUUUGGGGCAGGUAGAAUAAAGGCACGGUCCCCCAAAGAUGUCUACAUCUAUGACACUUCACCAGGUCAAGAGAUCUUUAUAAAAAUGAUAGCAUGGGGCUGGAGAGAUGGCUCAGAUGUUAAGAGCACUGGCUGUUCUUCCAGAGGUCCUGAGUUCAAUUCCCAGCACCCACUUGGUGGCUCCCAACCAUCCGUAAUGAGAACUGGCGCCCUCUUCUGGCCUGCAGGCCUACAUGCUGUAUACAUAAUAAAUAAAUCUUUAAAAAAAAUGAUAGACAUGCCUGGACCUGAGGUGGGAGCUUAUUCUGGAUACUUGUGUGCCCUAAGUCGUUAACAGGGUGGCAGAGGUAUGGGUAUGUCAUGAGCCUAUGUCCUCAGCUACUCUGGAGAAUAGGGUGGGAAGAUUACUUGAGGCCAAGACCAUGAGGACACUGUGGUAUUGAAACAUAUUAGAUGUUCAGGACCGUGGCAUUGAAAUAUAGUAGAGUCCAGGAAACAAUGGGAUAGACUUUCCACCAGCCUUGAAAACCCUAAUCUCUGUGACCCAUCAAUGUUACCUUAUUUGGCAAAAGUGUUUGUGCAGCUGUUAUUAUUAUUAUUAUUAUUAUUAUAGUUUUUUGCUUUGUUUUGUCUUUUCAAGACAGAG